CACGAGUGUCUGCAAGGAGAAGGUAGAGGUAGCCGAGUUGGCUACUUAGUUAUCUAACCAAAGUAGCUACUGAAAUGUAUAUAGGUAGCUAAUAGUAGUAAUGAUAAGAUAACUAGACUAAAAAUCGAUAAGAAAAAAUUAGCUAGCACCAGCUAGCGCUCGGAGCUUUGUGUGUAGCUAGCUAGCUAACACAUUGUUUAUGCUAGGUUGCCACCAAGGGACACCUUAACAUUCUUGACAACGAUAAAAAUAGCAGUAUGUUAGCCUGGAAGGCCACGUACACAGCGAGCUUGGAUUUAAAGGAGCGGUAGAUUUGUUGAAAACUUUCGAAGUAACGUUAGCAAGGUAUAUGUUUGUAUUAUGCCAUUUGUUCGCGUUUGUAGCUAACCAGUCAUCUAACGUUAGUGAAAUUACAUUGAUUUUUUCAGUUUCACGUUUUUAGUUUCUUUUUUUCUGUGCACUUAAAUGGCUAUACCGAUAGCUAUCCUGGAUUGUGACCUUUUGCUACACGGACGUGGCCACAAAACCCUGGAUAGGUUUGAUAUAGAGACUGUAUCUGAUGAAUUUCUGUUGUCAACGUUUGGCUUCCCGCGGGAAUUUAUUUACUACUUAGUGGAACUGCUGGGUGACACGCUGUCACGGCGUACGCAAAGGUCAAGAGCAAUUAGCCCGGACGUCCAAAUACUUGCUGCUUUAGGUUUUUACACUUCGGGGUCUUUCCAGACGCGAAUGGGAGACGCCAUUGGCAUCAGUCAGGCCUCGAUGAGUCGCUGUGUUACCAAUGUCACCAAAGCGCUUGUUGAAAAGGCUUCCGAGUUUAUCGGUUUUAUUCGGGACGAUGCCACAAAACAGCAGUCCAAAGAGGAGUUUUACAGGGUGGCAGGAAUGCCCAACGUCAUCGGAGUGAUAGACUGUGCUCAUAUCGCCAUAAAAGCGCCGAAUGCCGAGGACUUGUCAUUUGUCAAUAAGAAAGGCUUCCACUCCAUUAAUUGCCAGCUUGUUUGCGAUUCAAGGGGACUUCUACUUAGCGCGGAGACACACUGGCCGGGCAGUUUGCAGGAUAAUGCAGUUUUCCAGCAGUCCUCAGUGAACAGAUUCUUUGAAGAGCAGGAGAACCACGAAGGCUGGUUAUUAGGUGACAGCCGGUACCCUCUAAAAAAGUGGCUGAUGACACCCCUACAGUACCCGGAAACCCCUGCGGAUUACCGCUACAACCUGGCACACACUGCCACACAUGAGAUUGUGGACCGCACAUUCCGGGCCAUUCAAACCCGCUUUCGCUGCCUGGAUGGGUCCAAGGGGUAUCUGCAGUACUCUCCUGAGAAGUGUGCUCACAUCAUCCUGGCUUGCUGUGUCCUGCACAAUGUGUCCCUGCAGUCUGGCCUGGAUGCCUGGACAUUUGAGAGGACAGAGACUCCAGAUCAGUCAGAGGAAGGGAGUGAGCAAAUGGACUCACUUGACUCUGAGGCCUUCCGGAUACGCCAGGAGCUCAUACUCAACCAUUUCAGCUAGAUCUCUAGAUAUUUAGGAGAAUAGGUCAUGGAUACAUCCUGUGAACAAGGGCCCCAGAAGACCAUGAGAGUGCUGUUUUCUGUUUGAAGUGUUCACAGACUUUUAAGGCAUACAAAGCAGGCACUCUCUUCUAAUUAUUUGAUUACUGUAAAAAUGAGUAAGUUUUAGUAUUGGACUGGGUCACAAUAUAUCACUUCUUUGGUUUUUUCUCUGAUUUGGCACUUGCUUUUUAUGGUGAGCCAGGGAAGGAUUGCUAUAACCGUAUUUAUUCUGCAUCUCCCAAAGCCUUUGUUUUGAGGAAUGACCUGUUAAUUAUAUCUUUGCAUGCAAUGCAGCUGUUGAGCUAUAGAAUUUGUAGAAGUAAUCCAGUAUCUACUGUUCACUGGAUGUUUUGAGAAAGUGGUCCCCAGGUUGUGGGUAUAUGGAAGAGUAUAUUGUCUAGGCAGUAUGCAGUAUUUGUAUAGCAUCUGCUAUCUUGGGGACAUGCCUAGCUGAAUGCCUUGAUGUUGUCUGAAUAUAUUUCAGAUUUCAUUCACUCCUAUUUUUAAAAUCUAAAAAAAUCUCUGUGAAUCAGUUUGAUCUUUAGUGGCAACCUUGAUUGUCCAAGAAGCACUCCACUUUUUAGUGUUAGGUGAAGAUCAUUGCUGUACCUUAGAGUCACUGGUAGAUGAAUAACUUUAUAAUUGAUACAAACUCAUGUUACAGUUUACUUCUGAGAAUUAAGCAGAGUUAGGCAGUGUAUUUCAAUAAGGGGAGCAAUGAGAAGUUAUAUGUAAUUGCAGUUGUCAUUGCUUCAUUGAUUAUGUCUUAUUCUUUAUUAAACACACUGCUUUUCCGCAGU